CAACACAACAUGUUCUCAUUGGUCAGAGCAGGUCACUGCUACAUUUGUAAACCUUUGACAGGGUUCUGUUUGUUCACCAUGAUGGCGGUUUGGGCCUGCUCAGGGGCUUUGCUUCUUGUUCUGUUGACUGGUGCAAGUUACAGCUACCCUGCGAAUAAAGGUUUUGAUGCGAGCUCCGCCUAUGGCAGCAGUAACAGUGCAAACCUGGUGGCGGCUGGCUCAAGCUGGGAACGGCCUUCCUCUGGAUUUACAGAUUCUGGUGCGAGGGCUGCUGCUGCUAAAACUGCCUCGAAUCCUGCUCGUCUGCAAACUGCUUCACGCAAAAUGCCAAAGUACUCUCAGCCCGGUGUUCAGAACGCACCGGUAGCAGCCGUUGACACUUAUCCUGCGUCUGACCGUGCAGGGUAUCCCAGCAGAUCCUCUGCAGGCCCAGCGCAGCAACAAGCCUCUGCACAAGAGAUCAACUGGCUAGUUGCACCUCCCAGUCCUUUUUCUCCUGAGGAAAGACCCAGUGCUCGCCGCUUUGUCUCCAGUAAACCUGAAGCACUUGGCUCAAGCUACGUGGGUCCACCUGCUCCUCCUCAGUUCCAGGCAGGUGAAUUAUCUCAUGCAGAGACCAGCUACGAGAAUGGCGACUACGAAUCUGAGACUGAAGAGCAAGGCAUCCCACCACCACCUGCAGGUGUCGCUGUUGCGGAUGGACCAGUGACUAAUGGUGAACUUAAAUCAGUCCCUGGUGGAGGAUGGGUUGUGUAUCCUUAUCCGAUUGGCUACAUGUUCCUGACGGGCCGGUAUCCUCCAGGCACACUCUCUCACUCUCGCAACAGCUUUGAGAAGGGGAGGGACUCCUGGCACGACACCCACAACAUAAGAUACUACUAUCCUGCUAACCCCAGUACUCUGCAGGCUGAGACCAUCCCCACUGACUCUGCAGUGCCUCAGAGCAUGAAGUGGCCCAGCCAACCUGUGAAGCAGUCUGCUGGGAGUGCUGGCUAUGGUCAGAGCGGUGCAGUGAAUGGACAAAACCAGCCCUAUAGAAGAGUUGGGUUCAGCAGGAUGACACAGCCCAAGCAUGGUUAAGGUUGAAGACAUGUAGAUCGAUCUGGAUUCAAUAAAUGAUCUUAAAGAUCAGUUGCACUGGUUGUUUUACUGCUAUGGUUUACUCCAAGUCACUGGUGACCUGAUAGGAUAGUUUUGUCUUUAAUUUUUGGACCGCAUAGAAUUAGUACAACUCCUCGGAUUCAGUGUGUAAAGUUUGUCUAUUUUUAUUGGAAGACUAAUUUUAAAACUCAUUCGACAAAUACGAACGUGUGUGCAAAGACAUUAAAUGUCCUGUGAACUCAAGUCA